GUCAUCCAGGAUGAGGUCUUGCUUCAGGACGUCUACCAGGCGGAGCGGCCGAACCAGCUAAGUUACACCAGUAUCGUGGUCCACAAAAACGCGAAGACCGAGAUCCACACGGAUAGGGGGAACGUAGGGCUUAGCGAGAUCUGCUGUUGUGGGGAUUACGAGGGCGGCGGUUU